AUGGCUUCUCAGAAGGUAGUGAAUGCAAUGAGAAAUAGUUCAUUUGGAGGAGACCGAGUGGCAGUCUUGUUGAAAGAUGGCCGGAUUUGUAUCAAAGAUCGUCAAUCGAAGGGAAACACGGAAAUACUGCCUGCCUGUGGCGCUACUUCUCUCGCAUUGAAUGAUAAUGGAGAGGUACUGGCAAUUGGAACAGAAUCUGGGGCGAUUAUUGUGCAACAAAUGAACACUGGCAAGCAACAGAUCUUGUCAAACUUGGAUUCUAGCGUCACUGCAGUCGCUUUUAUUGCAAAUGUUCUUUACUCGGCACAAGAAGGGGUAAUCUACAAAUGGAAUGAGUUCAAAGAUGCGGAUUCAAUCUUCAAAGCCGAGAAUAAAAAGUCAGAAGUGACACAAAUCUUCUCCUUCGCCGAUGGUGUUGCCACCGCGAGUCGCAGACUAAAGGUCUUCAACAAACUCAACGAAGUAGAAUGCGAAUGGCCCGGCCAUCCAAAUUUGGUAGAAAGCGUUGCUGCCAAUAAUACGUACAUUGCAUCAUAUGGAAAGGACGAGAAAUCAGUGGCUAUUUGGACAGCUGGAAAGGAUCAGGCAGAAUGCCGACUACAGCUCACUCGACACGCUCGAUCAGUUUCCCUCAAAGACAAAUCCGUUCUAGUCGUGAACGAAUCGAGUGGAUCAGGCCAUCAGCUUGAAAUCUUCACAAUCGCUAAGAAGGGCAAGCCUAUCAAGGCCAAGAAGAGCUUGAAUAUCUCCGAUGAAUCGGGUGAAUCGAUAGAGAUCUUCGCCGCGCGAUUUGGGAAUGAAAAAGUCGACGUUGUUUACGGAGUCGAUAGUAAUCUCGUCUGGGAAGCGAUCGGGAUUGAGGGGCACGAGAAUCUUGAAAGAACAGUCUGCCUGACAAGCAAAAACAGAAAAGGCAGUAAAUCGGCGAAAAACGAUGUAUUGGAAGAAGUUAAACCAAGUAAACGAGCCACUGCAGAAAACACGACCAGAAGAAAGAGAGGCGAAUCCAUCAAUGAAACUGAUAUGUCAAUGGCUGAAAGAUUGGGAAUCUCAAAGAAGGAAGAUUUGUCGGCGCCCAAGGCAGGCUCUGUCACGAUGGUCCUCCAGCAAGCGCUGCACGCCAGGGAUGAUCAGCAACUUACCCAGCUCUUCCGAUACAAAGAUCCGAAAUUAAUCAGAGAAACAGUAAGAGGUGUUCCCGCACAGAUGGCACCAGUAUUGGUUGAAGAAGUCUCCAGACGGCUACAGACAGAUCCUGACAAAGCUUUAGCUAGUGCCCGGUGGCUCCGCGCUUCGCUAGAAUAUCACUCUGGUCCAUUGGCCGCCAUUUCGAAGGAUGUCUUAGAGAGCACGCGAAUUCCUCUCCAGAUCCGAUCGGAGACCUUCUGCCAGCUGACCAAACUCCAAGGAAAGCUCGAGCUCGCCAUUGCCAACGCCAACGUAUCCGACGACGAAGAAGAGCUCGACGGGCCCUUGCUCACCGAAAACGACCUGACAGACUUCGACGACGCGAGCCACUCCGAGUCCGACUGGGAGCCUGAAUUCAAACCAGAUGGCGGUGCUUCGGAGAGUGGUGCCGAAAGCGAAAUCGAAAGCAUGGACAGAAAUAACGAUGAAAACGACAGCCAAGACGAGGAACUGUGGGAUGAGCCCCACGCUGAUAUUGUCAUGGACGCGAUCGUAAAACGACAAGUCAUUUUUAAAAUAACGUGCAUGGAACGACCCUUCUUUAGCAUGAUGGUCACCUACUGCCAUACGUUCAACAUCAGCCUAGAUACAGUCGUUUUUAUUUAUCUAAAAGAUGAAAACUGGAUUCCAAUCAUGAGAGACGAUUCGCCCUCUAAUUUCGGAAUGGUCGUGAAUAGAAGCUAUCAAGUCAUCGUUGGAACAAUUCUGAGCAUUCCCGACCCCUGGCCAGAAAUUGAAGAAGUCAAAAGCAACUACACUGCCGGUUGCUGA